AGUAGCUCUAACAUCCACGCUGGAGGACACUGCAAACAUUUCAGCUCAGAGUAACUUAGAUCAAGAUGAUUUGCAUUUUAAAAUCCUUAUCUGCGAGAACAAUACGUGCAUGCUGUGCUCGGAAACACUCGUCUCUAACAACCGAACUUAUCGAAAACAUGGACAAGAAAUCAACCUGGGACCGCUUCUACACUGAGAACAGCAGCCGGACUCCUACUUUCAAGAACUUUGAGUGGUUCUUUGGCUUUGACGCUGUUCGCCACAUCAUUCUAACCUUAUUACUUCAACAUAAACCUGACCCAGAUCAUGUUUUUCAAAUACUGGAUAUUGGCUGUGGCACCUCUGCACUUGGCCCUUGCAUUUAUAAACACUCCACUACACCUGUCCAAAUUACAUGCGCUGACAUCUCCCCUAUUGCUGUAAAAUUAAUGCAAGAAAACAUUAGAAGCAAACCGAUUCAAGCUAACAAUGUGUCUUCUUUGCUUAGAUUUGUCGAAAUGGAUUGCACACAAGUACUCAGCCACUAUAGUCCCAACAGCAUUGAUUUGAUAGUGGACAAAGGUACUACAGAUGCAUUGUUGAGGUCUAAAGAAGGGAAAGGUAAGGCUAGGCUAAUGCUAAACCAGUGCAUGAAAGUUUUGCGAAAUUCCGGGACGCUGUUGCAGUUCUCCGAUGAAGAUCCUGAUGCCAGAUUGCUGUGGUUGGAAACGGAAAUGCAAAAACACAAAAGAGAAGGGGUUAUUCGUAAUGUAGUCAUACAAGAAGUAGGGGAGUUAAGAGGAGUCGUGUACUUUUGUUAUCAAGUGUCGCCAACUCUGCAUUCAUAACAAAUAAA